AUGGCCCGAACCAAGCAAACCGCUAGAAAAUCCACCGGUGGUAAAGCCCCAAGAAAGCAACUUGCUACCAAGGCUGCCCGAAAGCAAACCACCUCUGCCGCUGCCGGUGGUGUCAAGAAGCCCCACAGAUACAGACCUGGUACCGUCGCUCUCCGAGAAAUCAGAAGAUACCAAAAAUCCACUGAACUCUUGAUCCGAAAACUUCCUUUCCAACGAUUAGUUAGAGAAAUCGCUCAAGACUUCAAGACCGACUUGCGAUUCCAAUCUUCGGCCGUCUUGGCUUUACAAGAAGCUUCCGAAGCUUACCUCGUCUCCUUGUUCGAGGACACCAACUUGGCUGCCAUCCACGCCAAGAGAGUUACCAUCCAACCCAAGGAUCUCCAACUCGCCCGAAGACUCCGAGGUGAACGAUCAUAA